AUGUUAACGGCUCUUUUUCAGUGCGUUUUAUUUAGUAGCUUCGUUCUUUUUAGUAAUGGAUUCUAUGUACCCGGAGUUGCUCCGGUGGAGUUUAAAAAGGGCCAAAGAAUCGAAGUUAAAGCUGUUAAGAUGACCAGUAUACAUACACAACUGCCUUACGAAUAUUAUUCUCUGCCUUUUUGUUUACCGAAGAAUGGUACAUUUGUAUAUAAAUCAGAAAACUUAGGUGAAGUAUUACGUGGUGAUCGUAUAGUAAACACACCCUAUGAAGUCCAUAUGGCGGAAAACAUUAAGUGCAGAUUAUUGUGCCAUCAUAAAAAUAAUCCUAUAAAUUGGAGUGUUGAGGAAUCUGAUAAAGUUGCAAGCCGUAUUGAACAUGAGUAUUUUGUACAUUUGCUUGUGGACAAUUUACCAGUGGCUACCAGAAUUAUAAGUAGUGAUACUGCAGAACGAAUAAUAGAACAAGGUUAUCGCCUGGGUUUUAUGUCUAAAGGCAAAGCAUACAUAAAUAAUCAUUUGAAAUUACUUCUUAAGUAUCAUAAACACAGUCAGGAUUCCUACAGAGUUGUUGGUUUUGAAGUGGAAACUUAUUCUAUUGACAAGGAUGAUUUAAACUUUGUUGAUGACUCAUGCACAUUCCCAUCAGAUCCAAAUCCCCAGCUGGUAAAUGAAGACACAGGCACAAAAUUGUACUUCACAUAUUCUGUUGAGUGGGGAGAGUCUGACAUUAGCUGGGCUUCUAGAUGGGACAUAUAUUUAGGAAUGAAAGAUGUACAAAUUCACUGGUUCUCUAUCGUUAACUCCAUAGUAGUCUUGUUUUUCUUAUCAGGUAUUUUGACAAUGAUCAUGGUACGCACAUUGAGAAGGGACAUAGCCCGUUAUAAUUCAGAUGAGAGCAUUGAUGACAUGAUGGAAGAAACUGGUUGGAAGUUAGUACAUGGUGAUGUCUUUCGACCCCCACCAAAGAGAAUGUUGUUUGCAGCUGUUAUUGGAAGUGGCAUACAAGUAUUCCUAAUGGCUCUCAUUACUAUAUUUAUCGCUAUGCUGGGUAUGCUAUCUCCAGCGAGCCGCGGUGCCUUAAUGACAGCAGCUAUAUUUCUCUAUGUAUUUAUGGGUCUCAUCGCGGGCUAUUAUUCAGCGAGACUGUAUAAUACUAUGAAGGGAAAACAAUGGAAGCAAGCAGCAUUCUUGACGGCCACAUUAUACCCAGCUAUUGUCUUUGGCACCUGUUUCUUUUUAAACUUUUUCAUUAUGGGUAAACAUUCUAGUGGUGCUGUGCCAUUUUCGACCAUGAUGGCUUUGUUGUGUCUAUGGUUUUGCAUAUCAUUGCCUUUAGUAUAUUUGGGAUAUUAUUUUGGAUGUCGAAAACAGCCUUUCCAACAUCCAGUAAGGACUAACUUCAUUCCAAGAAAAGUACCUGAGCAAGUAUGGUAUAUGAACAUAUUUAUAUGUGUUCUCAUGGCGGGCAUCCUUCCAUUUGGAGCUGUAUGCAUUGAAUUGUUUUUCAUAUUCAACGCAUUGUGGGAAAAUCAAUUUUAUUACUUGUUUGGUUUCUUAUUCCUGGUAUUCUGUAUACUAGUGGUGUCCGUAUCACAAAUAUCGAUUGUUAUGGUGUACUUCCAACUCUGUGGAGAGGAUUAUCACUGGUGGUGGAAGAGCUUUGUUGUAUCUGGAGGCUCUGCUGUUUAUAUUUUGAUAUACUCUAUAUUUUAUUUUUUUACGAAGCUGGAAAUAACUGAGUUCAUACCAAUAUUACUUUAUAUUGGUUACACAGGCCUCAUGGUGUUAACAUUUUGGCUCUUGACUGGGACUAUUGGAUUUUUCGCAGCAUACACAUUUAUUAGAAAAAUUUAUGCGGCUGUAAAAAUUGACUAA